GUCAAGUGGCCCAUCAUGGAUGCAGCAGAUGACCGGGAAGUUAAGCUCCAGCGCGCAUCUGGUGAUCUCGUGAAGGAAUUCUCAGACAAAUUGCCAUCUCUGCUUUGGAAAACCCGCGCUACCGAACAGGGGGAGGUCCGAGUCCCGCGAAGGUGGACGCACGCCGCGAAGACAGAGAGACUCGUUAGCCUUCUAGAGCCUUUUCAAGAAUGGCCUCAGUUAUUGGAUCCACACCUCCAAACACUACUGCCCUCCUUGGUUGAUGCGUUCUUAGCGUAUUUGCUCAAGCAUCGCGAUCAAUAUGCUUUGAAACCAGCCAACUCGCAGCAGCAGCAGUCUGCUUACCCUCUACCAAGGGCGAUUUGCCGGCUUCUUUACACAUUCUGUAAGGUCCGCGGGGUCAAAGUGAUCAGCCGAUUCCUCAACAAUGAGCCAAAAUAUCUUGAUCCUUUGCUGCGAGCGUUCAUUGAAUGGGACGCGAUUCGUCAAGAAGAGAACCUGGAGAGUUCUCUCGAUGAUAAUUCGCAGAGACUCAUCUGGGAAGAGCGUUAUGUAAUGCUGAUUUGGCUCUCCCAUUUGCUGCUGGCCCCUUUUGACCUGUCCUCAAUGUCAUCGGAUGACCUUCCGGUUCCAUAUGAUAACUUGGACCAGCUUAAACCGCUCUCACCGCAGACACCGGCUAUUGCAAAGUCUAUUCUCUCGGUGUCGCUGAAUUAUGUGAACGUUCCUGGGAAAGAGCGAGAGGCUGCUACCGCGCUUCUCGCACGUCUGGUGCUCCGCGGGGAUAUGCAAUCCCUAGGGCUCCUGACGUAUCUUACCGAAUGGGCAUUUUCUAUCGUUGAGCCUGCGGAUAGACCGGAGCCUCCGACUGUCUACACAUGUAUUGGAGUGCUGUCUUUUCUUGCGCGCCUCGGGGCCUCUGGCCAGGUCGAGGACUUUGCUCCGCUCAUCGUACCGGUCUUCCAGAAGACCCUGCUCGUUGCACAGGGAACGUCAGACGUAUCUGAGACUAUCAAGUCUUCUGCCUUGGCAAGGAAGAUUGUCAUAAAGAUUCUCCGAUCGGUGACGGUGAUGGCCUUGUCCCUGAGCGAAAGAGCGGACAAUCCACUCUCAGAUGAUCAGUUCUCUUCAAUCUUAGAAGAGGCGAUCGAUCAUUUUCUGGUGGCUUUGGCUGAUAAAGACACACCAGUGAGGUUUGCUGCAAGCAAGGCGUUGAGUAUAAUUACGCUGAAGCUUGACUCGGAAAUGGCGACUGAGGUCAUCGAGGCUGUCACCGGUUCGCUGGAGGAGAAUAUCCUGUAUGAAAAGCCAGAUGGUACGAUAGUGACCCAGUUAGAAGCACGGAUGUUUGGGACCAAUAAGAUGAAACGAAACCUCAGUGCAGUUGAUGCUCAGCGAUGGCAAGGACUGAUACUUACAUUGGGACAUCUUCUCUUCCGUCGCGCUCCGCCCACCCAUCAACUGCCUGAAGUACUCCAGCCGCUCAUUUCUGGGCUUGACUUUGAGCAAAGAUCAUCCACUGGAAGCUCCGUGGGUACGGGCGUACGAGAUGCCUCUUGCUUUGGCAUAUGGGCGAUAUCUCGAAAGUAUACAACCCAGGAACUGCUGGAUUUAAGACCGCAGACAAUCAGCACAUCUACAGCACAGGAUGAAACAAACGUCCUGCAGAUGCUGGCCAUAGAGCUAGUAUGUGCUGCCUGUGUGGAUCCGUCGGGAAAUAUUCGGAGAGGUGCAUCUGCUGCCUUGCAGGAGCUAAUUGGACGCCAUCCUAAUACCAUUUCCGAGGGAAUACCACUGGUCCAAGUGGUUGAUUACCACGCCGUGGCUCGUCGCUCAAGGGCAAUGAAUGAUGUCGCAAAAGCUACCGCAGACCUGAGCCUUCAUUAUUGGAGCCCUCUCGUUGAAUCGCUGAUGCACUGGAGAGGCAUUGGGUCCCCAGAUGCCGAGUCUAGGAGGCAAGCAGCAAAAGCCAUCGGAAAUCUGAGUACACAGAACUCUUACAAAUCGAUCAAAAUCGUGCUUCAUCGACUGAUCAACAAGCUUAACAAUCUUCCUCACAGUGAUGUCGAGGGGAGGCAUGGGUGCUUGCUAGCACUUUCCGCGGCAGUUGACGCUUUCAAUGCCUGUCGUAUUGAUUCUGAAGAUAGCACUGAGGCAGAAGACGUUGUACUUCAACUGGAAGAGCUCUGGAACAUGUUCAAUUCCCCAGUCGGCCCUACUAAAAAGGACCUGACGCUUCAAAUCUCACGUCCUGAAUUGACGGCCGAAGCGUUGUCAUGUUUGGUUUCUGCUCUUUCUCGCUCAGUGUCGCAAGAGACGGUGCCAAAUGUUCCACGGCCGUCCACUGAUCUGCUCGAUAAGGCCCUGGAGACUCUUUUGCUCUGCGUUUCCCGAGGCGAAGAUAUUGCUAUUGAGACUUCCUCUUCGUCGCUAUCUGGUAUAUUCCCUCUUUUGGCUUCUAAAAGACAGGAUGAAGUAAUCCACGGCUGGUUCUCACACAUUGGCGCCACUCGGAAGCUCCCAACUGGCCGCGGCCAAAUCUCGGUUCUGGGUGCUAUUUUCACGCACCUUGACCAAGCGAGCGAACUGAGGCAGUCGAUUGUGGAGGAGUUGCUGCGAUGCACCGAGAAAGAUGAGUUGAUUGAGAAGCGAGUAAUGGCUGUGAAGAGUUUGACUUCAGGUGUUCUCCCAUAUCUAGACGGGACGGAUGCUGUUUCUGACCACAUAAUUGGCUUUUUGAAUGACUAUACUACUGAUAGACGUGGUGAUAUUGGAUCUCAGAUUCGGCUAGAGGCUAUCCAGUCGGCAUGCAUUAUCCUUCAGAAGGACUCGAAUUCUACAGCCCAUGCGUUGCAUGUUCAGAAUAUUGUCGGGUGCCUUUGUCGAUUGGCAGCUGAAAAGCUCGAUAAAGUCCGCCUUCAAGCCUGGCUAUGCUUGCAGAGCUUCUGGGAGUCAGCAACUGAAUUUCCACAACUGAAGAGACGAUACGAGCAUUUCAGCCAUGUGUCUUCGCCAGAUUAUUUCCUGCAGCUCCUCGACCUGCAAGCAGUCGAAUGGCUGCGUGUCCCAAUCUUCCAGGGCAUCGCAACUUCGGCCGUCGCCGGAGCGGAGGGGGUUAUUCGUUCUUCGCGUUCAGCCUUGGUUCAAUGGAUUAACAGCCAGGAGGCCGGGAAUCAGCAAGCCACAGUGGUCUCCGCUAUCAAAGACCUUUUGGUUGUACUGAAUGACAACCUGCAAGAUGACCGCUAUGCUAUACCAGCUAUGGAGCUGCUCGCAUUUCUGCUAGAUGGAUACAUCCUGGCAAUUCCCGACAAUUCGGAGCCAAGUUUCCGAAAACUGUUUGUCCUUGUCCAAAAGGCGCAUUUCAAAACCUCCAAUAUCGCAAGACUAGAAGCAGCUACCCGAGUAUAUGCGUGCCUGUCUCGAUUGGAGUCGUUGCGCACUGAAGCUCUGAAGAAGAUGACGGGAAUGCUGUUGCAUCCUUUUCCAAGAGUUCGCAGUAACAUCGCGGAAUAUUUGUUCAUGGAGACCGUGUCCGACAAGGUCAAGGAUGAAGAUUGGACGAGGCAGCCAAAAGAACUGAAGGGUCUUUCGCAAAUCAUGGCGGCCGUAUCAACGUCCACGGGAGCUAUCCCGCCCAAUAACACAGUUUAUGUCCGUAACCUGGAAGAGAGAAUCAAAGUCGACCAGCUGAAGGUCGCUCUGGACGAGAUCUUCUCGGAAUAUGGCAACAUCAUCGAGAUCGUCGCGAAGACCAACCUGAAGGCCAAGGGCCAGGCGUUCAUUGUGUUCGACGACGUGGAAUCCGCCACCCGCGCUAUUGACGAAAUCAACGGCUUCGAUCUCUUCGACAAGCCUAUGGUUCUGGACUAUGCGAAGACGAGGAGCGAUGCCACCGUGUUGCAGGAAGGCGGGAAUGAGGAGCUUGAGGUUCACAAGAGGAGGCGGCUAGCUGAGAAGGAGCGCAAACAAGCCCACGAAGCUCUCGAGGCCCAAAAGAAACUCAAACGACCCCCCGGCGCUCCCGAUUCCACGCGCCCCGCCAAAACCGCCAAAGGAGCCGGUCUCAAGCCCACCAGCGGGGCCGCCACGGCCGUCAUCCCCGACGAGUACCUGCCUCCCAACAAGAUUCUGUUCCUGCGGGACCUGCCCGACACCGCGGACCAGGACAGCCUUACGGCCGUGUUUGGUCGGUUCGAAGGAUUCCAGGAAGUCCGACUGGUGCCGGGUCGCAAGGGGAUUGCGUUCGUCGAGUACGAGAGCGAGUCUGGCGCGAUCAGCGCGAAGGAGGCCACAUCGGGUAUGCCUAUGGGCGAGAAUGGCAAGCCUAUUCGCGUGACGUACCAGAGACAGUAGCGGAGUGUCUGGAGAGGGUUGCGGAGGACCCGAGGAACUACCUAUUUUAUGGCGUUGGGGUGGGGUUUAUUCUUUCCAUGCUCUCUGGAAUCUCGAUUAGAAUUUGCAGAGAAAUGUACGAAUUGUUUGUCAUUGGGGGUGUAAUCGCGCUGCCUCUUUCCUAUUGUUUGUAUCUUAGCUCGGAUUUGGUAUGAGCGAGAAGAGUUGAAGAAAAGAAAUAGCUUCUGAAUGAUAUCAAAAAGCAAAAAAG